AUGACGACGACUGCUAGCUACGAAAGGCCACCUGUGGAAGUUGCCCUGCUCAGAGGAGCACUGAGCCCAGAGUUACAGCCUGGGGGUGGGGAAAGGCCCCUCAGACACUCAGAGAUAUCAGAGAGAGAAAGCGCAACAACAUUUCAGACCGUCUCUGACAUGGGCCACCGAGACUGGAUCAAGUCACUCAGGGAUGGGAAAGCGUCUGCCACCCUUUCUGAGAACCUUUGGAAACCCAUCAAGGUCGAAGUCUCUUCAAUCCGGUCAGAACUCAAUAAAGCCUGUGUUAAGCCUGCCAGGCACCUUGGGAGUGAACACGCCUUUCUCCCUCUAGGCCACCUCCUUCGAAUUUUGAGCCCAAAGAAUGUUGACGGGCUACUGCGGCAGAAGUUUCCUGGAGAUCUGGAAAGGUUUGACCACCAAGUAUAUGGCAAGAACGGCGACCCAAAAAGACUCAAGAUAAUGGGUACCUUGAUACUGAUGGAAAAUCUUGAAUUUCUCCGGGACUUUGUCCAGGCAGGCGUAGAGGAUCUCCAGCUUCCUCUUGCCCUUGAAGAGGAGGAGGAGCGGAUAGUAUUGUUUGAUCGACAUGGCAACAUGAUAGAAUCUCCCCACAAAUGGAGUUGGGGAUAUGGCCAUGCUGAUUUCUUCAUGUACAAGCAGAUGCAGGUCUGCAGUCUCUUCUGCACACUCAAGGAGGACGGAGCAUACAUGGACCACUUUCGACUCCCUGGAAACUUCAUUCUUCCAUUCCGGAACUGCAAGCCUCCUGUGGUGAAGUACGGCGGAUUUGGCCAAGUCAUCAAGGUCGAGAUCGAACCGUCUCACUUACUGUACAAGGGAAAGUCUCGAAAGCCGGAGUACUUCUGUGUCAAGACCAUUCGGCAUGAUGUGCCAGAGCACCCGGACGAGGCCGACUCCCUGGCAAGACGGCUAGUUAUCAGGGACAGGAAAGAUCGAGAACAUCUCCACCGACUUCUUUUCUCCUUUCGUCGUGUCGACUUCUACUAUCUCGUUUUCGAAUGGGCUGAUGGUGAUCUGACCGAACUAUGGCAGGAGAUGCCAAAACGAUAUAAGCCAAGCGAUCACGAACAUGUCUGUUGGUUUUUGAGACAAUGCGUCGGCAUCAUGAGAAGCCUACACGGCCUUCAAAAUCACGCCUCGUCGUUAGCUCCGGGAGAGGGGGGAAGACCAGUCUUUUACGACGCAUGCCAUGGACGCCACAGCGACCUCAAGCCAGAAAACAUCUUGUGGUUCAAAAACUACCAAGACAGCAAAAAGGAUCAUCUAGUCAUCGCCGACCUUGGACUCACGCAAUUUAGAACCACCAAGUCCAAGUCUCGAGUGGCAUGGGCAGAUGUUGGGGGUUACACGGAGGCUUACAAAGCUCCCGAAAGCGAUGUGAAACACGUUGUUGGGGGCAAGUAUGACAUCUGGGGGAUUGGGUGCGUCUUUCUUUUGCAUGCUUCUGUGUUUCUCCGAGGAGAUGCCGGGUGUAUCGAGGAAUUUUCUGAACGCCGAAAGGCGGAGGCCAACAAGCAUCCGCGGCAUGGAAACUGUGUCGACAAUGCCUUCUACUAUUUAGUCCGUGAGGGGGAACAUGGCGAUAUCAGUUCGAGAACUUCGAACAGAACCCAAUAUCGAGGAGAGGUUAAAAAGGAAGUCCGAGAAUGGAUCUCAAAAUUGCAAGCUGACAAGUCGUGCUCUGCCCCCAUGCGCGAUUUUCUAAGACUCAUUGGCGAAGGAAUGCUCGUAGCUGACGACUCUAGUCGAUAUGAUACGAAAAAGAUUCUCAGUGGUUUGAGUAACAUAUAUGAUGAGCUACAAAAGCCAAAAGAUGCUGGCUCUCCAAGGAAUACGCCAACGUGGCACGACCUGCAGAGCGGAGUGAACAACCAGCAUUAUCGUGACGCCACUACUCGCCAAUCCGAGGCCUUGGCAGGUAUGGCAGGAUGGCAAGAGAAUCCGGGUGCAAGCAUCAAGAGAGCAAGUGAGAUCGACCUUGAAUCGAGGCCCAACGACCAUGGCCCCCACACGCCCAUUAACACCUCCAGCGACUUACCCCUGCAACAAACAAGUUCCGUCAGACAGUUGAUUUUGAAGUUUGAGCGGCUAAAGAAGAAAGAGGACUCGAGAAAAUAG